GUAAAAUCUGGGAGGCGAGAGAGCCCCCUGGAUCCCGCGCAUGCGCGCUGUAGGGCAACAGCCGUCGUUGCGCGAGCGAGCGGGAGGGCAAGAUGGCAGAGCAGCUGAUGACGCCCCGGAAAGACUUGAACCCAGCCCCAGACCGGGAAGGCGCGGGAGAACUGACUCCCUACCAGAGACUGAGCCAGCGGAUGCAGGAUGUGACUGGAGACAGGGGGGUGUUAAAGGAGGUCAUCCGAGAGGGCUCUGGAGACUUGGUGACUCCAGAUGCUUCUGUCUUAGUGAAAUAUUCCGGGUACCUGGAGCACAUGGACAAGCCCUUCGACAGCAACUGCUACAGGAAGAUCCCCCGACUGAUGAAGCUUGGAGAAGAGAUAACCCUGUGGGGAAUGGAAGUGGGACUGUUGACCAUGCGGAAAGGAGAGCUGGCCCGCUUUCUCUUCAAGCCUCGCUAUGCCUACGGGGCCCUGGGCUGCCCCCCCUUGAUCCCGCCCAACACCACGGUCUUGUUUGAGCUGGAGCUGCUGGACUUCCUGGACUCCGCCGAGUCGGAUGAAUUCUUUGCCUUAACUGCAAAGCAGCAGGACGUGUUCCCACUGGAGAAGGUGCUGAAGGUGGCAGCCACAGAACGAGAAUUUGGAAACUACCUCUUUCGCCAGAACCGCUUCCACGAUGCCAAGGAGAGGUAUAAAAGGGCCUCCUUGAUUCUUUGCCGCAGGCCUUUUCACCCCGGGGAGCAGGGCCAAAUAGAGAGCGCCAAGCUGCUGGUCUUCCUUAACCUGUCCUUCACGUACCUCAAGCUGGACCGGCCCACCCGGGCCCUGGUCUAUGGCGAGCAGGCUUUGGCCAUCGAUCAGAAGAACGCCAAGGCACUCUUCCGCUGUGGGCAGGCUUGUCUUAUCCUGACCGAGUAUGAGAAAGCCCGGGAUUUCCUCGUCCGAGCCCAGAGAGAACAGCCUUUGAACCACGACAUCAACAACGAGCUGAAGAAGCUAGCUAGCUGCUACCGACACUACAUGGACAAAGAGAAGGAGAUGUGCUACCGAAUAUUUUCUCCGCUCCAUUCCUCUGCUGUGGAACAGAACUGAAGGAGAAAGCAGACGUGUCAGCAUUUCCCCCAGGUCUCUGGUCCUCCCGUCUGGUGCGCUGCCCUCAGAUCAUCCAGGAGGAAGGAGGAGGGAUUCAUGUGGUGGAUCCAGGACCCAGGAGUCCGAGCAGCACCAUUCUCUGGCUCCAGUUUGCCCCUCCCUGCGUGGAGACGGCGGCCCAGGUUCACUGGGCUCUGCCCGGUGGGAGGCGUUCACCUCUUCGCCUGGGGGGGGUUCUGCUCGUCCCCCCGCACGUGGGGACGUCUUUAAUAAAGGCUGUUGUGUCUCA